AUGAGGAGGAUGAACCAGAGCAGUUUUUCUGAGUUCCUAUUUCUGGGGCUCCCUAUAUGGCCAAAGCAGCAGGGUGUGUUCUUUGCCCUGUUCCUGGGCAUGUACCUGACCACAGUGCUGGGGAACCUGCUCAUCAUCCUGCUCAUCAGGCUGGACAGUCACCUCCACACCCCCAUGUACUUCUUCCUCAGCCACUUGGCCCUCACAGAUGUCUCCUUUUCAUCUGUCACUGUCCCAAAAAUGCUGAUGGACAUGCACACUGAGUAUAAAUCAAUCGGCUAUUCGGGGUGUAUAGCACAGAUGUACUUUUUCAUAUUUUUUACUGAUCUAGAAAAUUUCCUUCUUACCUCAAUGGCAUAUGAUCGGUAUGUGGCCAUCUGCCAUCCUCUCCAUUACACCACCAUCAUGAGAGAAGGACUGUGUACCUUACUCAUCACUGUAUCUUGGAUUCUGUCCUGUGCUAAUGCUCUUGGUCACACCCUCCUCCUGGCCCAGCUGUCCUUUUGUGAUGACAAUACCAUUGAUCACUUCUUCUGUGACCUUAGUGCCCUGCUCAAACUCUCCUGCUCAGACACCUCCCUCAAUGAGAUGGUCAUUUUCACAGUAGGACUAGCAGUCAUCAUCCUCCCACUAAUAUGCAUCUUGGUCUCUUAUGGCCACAUUGGGGCCACCAUCCUCAAGGUACCAUCCACCAAGGGCAUCUGCAAAGCCUUGUCCACAUGUGGCUCCCACCUCUCUGUGGUUUCUCUCUAUUAUGGAACAAUUAUUGGGUUGUAUUUUGUCCCCUCAUCCAGCACCUCCAGUGACAAGGACAUAAUUGCCUCUCUUAUGUACACAGUGGUCACCCCAUUGCUGAACCCCUUCAUUUACAGCCUAAGAAACAGGGACAUGAAGGGGGCCCUGAAGAAACUCUUCCACAAGGCAGCAGUCUUGUCUCAAUGA